UAUCCUCUUUUGGCUUUUCUUAAUCAACUUUUCUUCUUGCUUGUAUUACAAGUAACAGAAUGGAAAACAUAACCAGCUCAGACCUGCCACCUGGUUUCAGGUUCCAUCCCACAGAUGAAGAACUGAUCAUGUUUUACCUUAGAAACCAGGCCAAAUCUAAGCCUUGUCCAGUUUCCAUAAUCCCAGAAGUCGAUAUCUACAAAUUUGAUCCAUGGCAAUUACCUGAUAAAGCGGAGUUCGGUGAAAAAGAAUGGUACUUCUUUACCCCACGAGACAGGAAGUAUCCGAAUGGGGUUCGACCCAACAGGGCCGCCGUGUCAGGCUAUUGGAAGGCUACCGGCACCGACAAAGCCAUAAACAGUGGUUCCAAAUAUGUCGGAGUGAAGAAAGCUCUUGUGUUCUACAAGGGCAAGCCACCAAAGGGAGUCAAGACUGAUUGGAUCAUGCAUGAGUAUCGGUUAACCGAUUCCAGAAACCAAAUCAGCGUGCAAAACGGAUCCAUGAGACUGGAUGAUUGGGUCCUUUGCAGAAUCUACAAGAAGAAGAACUCUGGAGGAGGAAGGGUUUUGGAACAAAAAGGGGUCGAGUCAAGCACCCAAAUGGACUCAGUUUCUCAUCUGCUGGAGAUGGAUUACAUGAGUUCAGUUUCCCAACUGUUUGGUGAAAAUUCAAGCUUUGAAUAUUUCCCUAACACCAUAGGAUCAAAAAUACCUUACCAAUACACUGAUUCAGGGAAGCUUCAAGUGAAUGAGAGUGGGUUCUUGAACCAGAUCAAUCCCCUGCUGCAUCAGUUUCAAUAAUGGAUUGUUUUCACCUUAACGAAAAUGUAAAAAAAAAAAAA